AUGCAGAGAACCGAUAAACAUCUGAAUAACUGUCGUGAUAACAUAUAUUCUGUUUUGUUCUCUGCUAAGCAUCCAGAUGGUGGUUUUGGUGGUGGUCCUUAUCAGUUUGCACAUCUCGCAACAUCAUAUGGUGCAGUGAACUGUUUGGCAUCCUUACGUCGCCGAGCCGCUGUAGAUAUUAUCGAUCGAAAUGCCUUAGCCAACUGGAUGCACAAACUUCACCAACCUGAUGGUUCUUUUAUAAUGCAUAUAGGAGUAGCUAAACUUACAGGGUUGCUUAAGAAAUACCCCGAUUUAUUUGAUUCAACUGCUGAGUGGGUUGCUGGUUGUCAGACAUAUGAAGCGUCCUUGUACAUUCUGGGCAGAUCAGACCUAAUUGAUAUACCUAGACUAUUGUAUUGGGCAAGUCAUCGUCAAAUGGCAACUGAAGGCGGUUUCCAGGGUAGGACAAACAAACUAGUGGACAAGCUGUUGUGGUCAUCGGACGACCCAGCGCUAAGUGAUGCUGACACACUAUUCAUCCAUCCGCCUUGCAAGAAUAUAUACUGUUGUGUUGUCAGAAGGUUUCGUAUACUCGCCCAGGAAGCUAGCAACCUUUCUUAUCCGUCACCAGCCGUCGAUUUACUUGGUGAUGAUUUGGGAAAUGAAUUGGCUGAUUUAGAUCCUCUUCAUAAUAUGACACAUGAUGGUCUGGCAUUCACGCUCACUUAUUUUUCCGAAUUGGACAAUGGUAAAUCACCGGAAUCUGCGGAGCAGUUAGCCUUAGCAGCAUGUGAGAAAUGCUCCAUACCUGCACCACUAUUAAUCCAGAAGGAUGAUACAAAGUUUCAUAAUCAUAACACAAAUGAUACUGAACGCACUGUUCCCCAGUAUACUCAGUCAGGUCACACAUGUACAACACCAUAA